AUGGAUUUCAACAGUUUGAAAGAGGCUGCGGCCAAUCUCUCUAUUUACGAUCUCAAAGCCAGUGUGAGAAAGGUUCAGAAUGCGGUUAUGAACUACACGGAGAUGGAGGCAAAAGUUAGAGAGGCCACAAACAACGAACCGUGGGGGGCUAGUUCAAGUCUGAUGCAAGAAAUUGCCAAUGGCACAUACAACUACCAACUCCUCAACGAGAUUAUGCCAAUGAUAUAUAAACGAUUUACAGAAAAGGCUGCUGAGGAAUGGAGACAAAUCUACAAAGCCCUUCAACUCCUCGAAUUCCUAAUAAAGAAUGGUUCCGAGAGGGUCAUUGACGAUGCGCGAUCCCAUCUCACACUCCUCAAAAUGUUACGGCAAUUUCACUUUAUCGAUGCAAACGGCAAAGACCAAGGGCUUAACGUGCGCAACAGAGCCAAGGAACUGGCAGAUCUCCUCAGUGAUGUUGAUCGGAUACGCGCGGAGCGGAAGAAGGCCAGGGCAACACGAAACAAAUAUACAGGCGUUGAGGGCGGUGCUGGUCUUGGUGGAGGCAUGUCCAGCAGUAGUGGAGGCAGAUAUGGAGGCUUCGGUAGUGAGGAAGCUUCUGGAGGGGGUGGAGGUGGUGGUUAUGGGGGAUAUAGUGGUGGUGUUUAUGGAGAUGGAGGUGGGUUUGGAGGACAGACAAGUGACUUCCAGGAUAGUGCAAUUGGCGGUGGUGGUGGUGGAUCAAGUUCACGACGUGAUAGGUUCGAGGAGUAUGAUGAGGGUGAUGAUAUGGCCGCUCCAGCAUCAAGAAAACAACCCGAGUCUUCUUCAUCAGCCAGGCGGAAGGCCACAGAACCGAAAAAGGCAGAGCCACCAAAGAAGAAGGAACCCGAGGUCGAUUUAUUCUCAUUCGAUGACCCUAUACCUGUUUCUGCUCCAGUGGCUGCUCCAAUCAGCGCGCCUACUUCAAAUGCUUUGGACGACGAUGACUUUGACGAUUUCCAAUCUGCCACCCCUCAACAACCUACAUCAUCUAACUUUUCUAUUGCUCAACCAACCGCUACAACUACACCUCAUACACAAUAUGCCGCUCCCCAGCCAGUUUCAGCUCCAAAGGCCGCAAACUUGUCGGAUCUCGUUGGCUUCUCAUCCAUUUCCCCAGCACCAAGCAACAACACCUCAUCUCCAGCCAACUACGGAGCAUUCGCUCCACCAGUGGUCGCCCAACAGCCUCCCAAACCUACCACGUACCAAGGCUCGCAGCCCAACUAUUUCACCUCCGUCCAAGUGCCUACAACUCAGGCCAAACCCUCUCCAAGCACAGGCAUGGCAGCUUCAAAACCCGCCGCCGCAACCAAAUCAUCUGGAGGCGACGCUUUCGGAUCGCUAUGGUCCACCGCAAGCGUCGGAAUCAAAAAGACAAGCACACCUACCACUGGUCCGGCUCUCGGGCAGCUAGCAAAGGAAAAAGCAAGUGCCGGAAUUUGGGGCGCGAGUUCCUCUUCAAGCGCGCCUCCAGCGCAGUAUCAACAGCAAAAGCCUGCGGGCUCGAGUGGGAAUGGUCUUGAUGAUUUAUUGGGUUAG